UGUCCCGGAGUUUUCUACCGCAUGUUCCUUCGUUUAUGGAGCACUGAAGAUUGGACUGCAUAUUGGCAAGGUCUCUGGGUUAUUGUUAAAAUAGAACCACUGCCAAGCAGUAGUAUCUUAAGUAACUUAACAUAAUCACUGUCCAUUGGUGUUAUUUCGAGAUAAAUUGACAAUUAACUGCUUGAAAUGGCAGCUCGAUCUCUGGUAAGAUGUGUUCAAUCCAAAGCAAUUACUCCACAAAUUCAUCGAUGCGCGGCAUCCUUAUCCGCAUUCGAAAUUCAACACAAAACACCAGCAAUAAAAAAAGUCAUGCCAAUACCUAAAGCUCACUAUGGUGGUCGUCAUACCGUCACAUUGCUUCCUGGUGCAGGUAUUGGUCCUGAACUAAUGGGAUACGUCAAAGAAGUAUUCAGUUAUGCUGGAGUACCAGUUGACUUUGAAGAUAUUGACAUUGAUCCAAAUGCAGAUAAUAACGAUGAUUUGGAAUAUGCCAUCACUUCAAUUCGUCGUAAUGGAGUAGCUUUGAAAGGUAACAUCGAAACACGAAGUAGAGAAGUUGGAGUUUUAUCUCGAAAUGUAGCCUUGCGUAAUGAACUCGAUCUUUAUGUAAACGUUCUCCACUGUGUAUCAUACCCUGGAGUAAAUUCUCGUCAGAAAAAUAUCGACAUUGUAAUUGUUCGUCAAAAUACUGAAGGUGAAUAUGCCAUGUUGGAGCACGAAAGUGUUGAUGGAGUUGUAGAAAGCAUGAAAAUUAUUACAAGAUCUAAUUCUGAACGAGUUGCUCGAUAUGCAUUUGAAUAUGCUAAAAGAAAUGGCCGAAAAAAGGUAACGACUGUGCACAAAGCAAACAUUAUGAAGCUCUCUGAUGGUUUAUUCUUGGAGACUGCACGAAACAUGGCUAAAAAUUAUCCAGAAAUUACUCACAAUGAUAUGAUUAUUGAUAAUACUUGUAUGCAACUUGUUUCCAAUCCUCACCAAUUUGAUGUCGUUUUAACAACCAAUUUAUACGGAGCUAUUGUAUCUAAUGUCGUAUGUGGACUUCUUGGUGGUGCUGGGUUGCUUGCAGGAAAAAAUUAUGGUGAUCAGUACACUGUAUUCGAGCCAGGAACCCGUAAUACUGGUGCCAAAAUUGCUGGAAAAAAUAUUGCCAACCCAAUAGCUAUGUUAAACGCAGCUGUAGACAUGUUGCGUCAUCUUGGUCAUAAACAUCAUGCUACUAUCAUUCAAAAUGCUAUUAAUAAAACAAUUAACGCUGGAAUACAUACUAAAGAUCUUGGGGGAACCGCAACAAGUCGUGAGGUCCUUGAUAACAUAAUGAAACAAAUUAAAGUAGCUGUUGUUUAAAAUUCUGAUAACGCACAAAUAACGAAUGUUGAAUUAGAAUUUUUUAAUAUUGUUGAAACACCUAAAAUUGAGUAAUAAUUUAUUAUACAUGAUAAAAAGUUAAGCUUAUGCUUCAUUAAAUUAUUUAUCUAGGCAAUUUACAUAAAUGGAUUAAUCAAAGAUAUAUCCUGAAGUCAUUUUUAGAAUCUACUACUUGUGAAAUGAAAUUUAAAACAGUCGAGUUGUAUCUUUGUACAGUUUAUCGACGUUUUUGAAUGAUUCUUAUUAAAUAAGAUAAUUCAAAAUGCUUUGUAAUAUAUGCAAAUGAUUAAAUUAAUUAAGAUUAAGACAA